CUUGAGAGAUGAGAAGUCUCUAGUCUAAGAUGCCAACAAAACUCCAAACUACAACCAACCUUUUCCAUAAACACAUCCUCAACUAUAGCUUCCCACGUUAUAAGGCUCGCUGCUCAUAUUUGUCUACUCAAGCAUACUAUGACUUUCAAAGCAGAAAAGCUAGCAGCUUUCUUGUUUACUGCAACUCCCAAAUCACUAAAAGUGGAAGAAAUGGUGAUCUCAAACAAGCAGAGUCGAUUUUCAAUCGUAUGCCAACUAAGGACACUAUCACCUGGACUGCCAUGCUGACUGCAUAUGCAGAGAAUGGCCAAACUAGCUUGGCACGCAAGGUGUUCGAUGAAAUGCCCCAACGAAACGUAGCAUCAUAUAAUGCGAUGAUCACGGGUUAUAUUCGGAGCAAAGGUAAUGUAGAUGAAGCUUUUGGGUUGUUUUGUACGAUGCCUGAGCGUAAUGUGGUGUCUUAUAGUGUGAUGAUCACUGGUUUCGCAAAGGCGUGGAUGUUCGACGAGGCUGAGAGGCUUUACUGUGAGAUGCCAGUUCAGUGGCGGGAACCGGUUUGUUCAAAUGCGUUGAUAAAUGGGUAUUUGAAGGCGGGAAGAAUCGAAGAGGCGGUUAGAGUUUUCGAGGGAAUGUCAGAGAGAAAUGUGGUUUCUGAGAGUUGCAUGGUUGAUGGGUAUUGCAAACUGGGAAGGAUUGAUGAUGCUAGAAAUUUGUUUGAUGUGAUGCUGGGGAGGACUGUGGUUACUUGGACGGCAAUGAUUGAUGGGUACAUGAAGAAGGGAAUGUUCGAAAGGGGUUUUGAAUUGUUUUCGGAUAUGAGAAGGGAGGGGAUAGUGGAGGUCAAUUCCACUACCAUGAGCAUAAUGUUUGACGCUUGUGGUGCUUUUGGUAGAUGUGGAGAAGGGAUUCAGAUGCACGGGUUAGUUUCCCGAAUGGGAUUUGAUUAUGAUGUCUUUUUAGGAAAUUCUAUUAUCAUUAUGUAUUGUAGGUUUGGUUUUGUAGAUGAAGCUACUAAGAUAAUACGUAUGAUGAGGAAGACAAAUAUAGUUUCCUGGAAUUCCUUAAUUGCAGGUUAUGUUCAAUGUGCCGAAGUUGAAGUAGCUUUUAAACUGUUUGAGAUGAUGCCUGAAAAGGAUGUAGUUUCAUGGACGACCAUGAUAUCAGGAUUCUCAAGCAAGGGCAUGACUAGGAAAGCCAUCCAAUUGUUUUUGUUGAUGCCUAAGAAGGAUGAUGUUGCUUGGACUGCUCUAGUUUCAGGUUUUGUAAAUAAUGAGGAAUAUGAGGAAGCUCUCCAUUGGUUUAUCAAGAUGCUUCGGAAAACAACCAGGCCUAAUCCACUUACUUUGAGCAGUGUGCUCAGUGCUUCAGCCAGUUUGGCCGCUCUAAAUGAGGGGAUGCAGAUCCAUUCUUUUUCACUGAAGGUGAAUAUGGAAAAUAAUUUAUCUGUUCGAAAUGCUCUGGUCUCAAUGUAUUCAAAGUGUGGGAAUGUCAUUGAUGCCAAUCGGAUCUUCACAAGUAUCUUUUCACCCAAUACUGUUUCAUUCAACUCCAUGAUUACUGGGUUUGCCCAAAAUGGUUUUGGGGAAGAAGCCCUGAACUUGUUUUGGAGCAUGCAGAAUGAAGGUUGCGAGCCAAACCAAAUCACAUUUCUGGGUGUUCUUUCAGCUUGUGUCCAUGUGGGACUAGUAAAAGAAGGACGGCAGUUUUUUAAUUCGAUGCAAUCAUUGCACCACAUAGAACCAGGACCGGAUCACUAUGCUUGCAUGGUUGAUCUCCUUGGACGAUCUGGCUUGCUAGAUGAAGCUGUCGAGUUGAUUCAUUCAAUGCCAUUUGAGCCCCAUGCUGGGGUUUGGGGAGCUCUUCUUGGUGCUAGCAGGGCUCAUUUACGUCUUGAUCUUGCAGAGCUUGCAACUCAGCACCUGAUCAAAUUGGAGCCUGAUAAUGCAACCCCUUAUGUGGUUUUAUCCAAUAUAUAUUCUACUUUAGGGAAAGUGAAGGAUGGAGACCAAGUGAGGAUGACCAAGAAUUCAAAAGGGAUAAGGAAGAGUCCAGGCUGCAGCUGGGUUACAUUGAAGGACAAGGUUCAUUUAUUUCUUGCAGGAGAUCAAUCCCAUCAGGACUUCCAAGAUAUUGAAGUGAUACUCUGGAUCAUAACAAUGGAAAUAGGACAGCUAGCUGGAUCGUCCAAAGGUGAUCAUUCUUUGAAUUGUUUUCUGCAUCAGUAAAUUGCAGAGGUCUUUGCCAUCGAUCAAUAUUUUAACGAUCAGGGGCGUCAGAUCAAGCUCUGCCUUUGCUUAUUUUAGUGGAGCAUUAAGGCAAUUGAAAGAUGAAAAUCGCAUUUGGAAAGGGUUACCAUUUUUUUUUUCUUUUGGUACAAAGGAAAGGGUUACCAUUGCAAGUUCUGUAUGGAAUGAUUUCAUGUAAACAAGAAAACAAAUAAAUAGAAGAGACAAUUGUUUUAUUCCUUUGACAAUUGUUUUUAUCCAUCUUUCUAAGAAUACAAAGAACAUAUCUCUUCUCCUUCACUUGAUCUUUGCUGUGCAGUAAAGAUUCAUCGAGCUCCAACUCGUUCAUGAGCCAGCAGUGACCAUCUUGAACCGACCCAUGCUUCGUGUAUACAAAUCUUGUUCUCGACCCAAUAACACUACCAGAACCAGAAGCAUGCGCUUUCUUCCCAGUCUUUCCGCCUCUCUAGGUGCGGGUGCCAACUCUUCCGACUGUAAGCAAUCCCUUUGGAGAACUCUUCCUGGGUUGAUCAGUAAAGAAAUAGAGGUCUUUUGUUUCUUGAUCUGAUGGAUCUUUGUAUGGUUCCCAUAUAUGCCAUGGUUCUUUCUCACCAUAUACAUUGCAGUUAUGAACAACAACUUCUGGCAACCCUUCUUCUUUGAUCUUGCGACGAAGAUAAUAACAAAGUAGCUCUUCUUCGGUAGGACCUGAAGCUGACUGGAACAUGGUAACCUCCUUGCAUCAGAACUGCCAUGGAAAUGCGCAGCCUGUUGAAGCUAGGUGCAUGAAUCCCUCGAUGGAAUUCAACCAGAUAUUGAGCGUGCUCUAGCGUGGAAAAGUCGAGAAAACCAAGAGAGGAGGUUGCUUCUGCUACCACGACAAAGCAAUCAAAAUAGCACAGAAAACUAAAAUUGACUGUAGACGAACAGAGCAAGGCCAGAGCACUUGCACUUCGAAC